AUGGCGGAUACAGCAACCACAGCCUCAGCGGCGUCCGCGGCGGCCAGUGCCCCGAANGCCUCCACAGAUGCGCCCCCUUUCCAGCUGGGCAAGCCCCGCUUCCAGCAGAAACGUCUCAGAGAGGCUGUGCAACUGCUGGAGGAUUACAAGCAUGGCACCCUGCGCCCGGGAGUUACAAACGAACAGCUCUGGAGUGCACAGAAAAUCAAACAGGCUAUCCUACACCCGGACACCAACGAGAAGAUCUUCAUGCCUUUCAGAAUGUCAGGUUACAUUCCUUUCGGGACGCCAAUUGUGGUGGGACUUCUCUUGCCUAACCAGACGCUGGCAUCCACUGUCUUCUGGCAGUGGCUGAACCAGAGCCAUAANGCCUGUGUCAACUAUGCAAACCGCAAUGCUACCAAGCCUUCACCUGCAUCCAAGUUCAUCCAGGGCUACCUGGGCGCUGUCAUCAGUGCUGUUUCCAUUGCUGUUGGCCUUAAUGUGCUGGUUCAGAAAGCAAACAAGUUCACUCCAGCCACUCGCCUUCUCGUGCAGAGAUUUGUACCCUUCCCUGCAGUAGCCAGUGCCAAUAUCUGCAACGUGGUCCUGAUGCGAUAUGGGGAGUUAGAGGAAGGAAUUGAUGUCCUGGAUGCUGAUGGCAACCUCGUGGGCUCCUCAAAGAUCGCAGCCAGACACGCCCUGCUGGAGACAGCCCUGACACGUGUGGUUCUGCCUAUGCCCAUUCUGGUGCUCCCUCCAAUCGUCAUGUCCAUGCUGGAGAAGACAGCUCUCUUGCAAGCACGCCCGCGGCUACUCCUACCUGUGCAUAGCCUCGUGUGCCUGGCAGCCUUCGGCCUGGCCCUGCCGCUGGCCAUCAGCCUUUUCCCGCAGAUGUCAGAGAUUGAAACCUCCCAAUUGGAGCCUGAGAUAGCCCGGGCUACCAGCAGCCGGACAGUGGUGUACAAUAAGGGGCUGUGAGUGAAGACCAGCCGGCCUGGGCACACAGCACUAUCCAGGCCGGGCAUUCGGGGUGGGGAGAGAAGUCUCAUGAGCUGUCUCUGCAAGGAGGGGCUGUCUGGAAAGCAGCCAACCUCCAUCAGUAGGGAGACUAACCAUUCACAUUUUAACAUAGGGGAGAGGAAUUCUGACACAUUUCCUACACAAAAAGAAUCAAGUGCAUCUCUGGGCCUUACAUGGGGUCGGCUAAACUCCACUCAGCACAAUUUCGUGUGAGCUAAAGAACUGUAGAGUGCUUCUGGGGUAGUAGUAUCCUUUUAUAUGCUCUUUUUUUUCGGUUUGUUAUAAUUUUUUUUUAUUAGAAGCAAGUCUGAGCCUUGGUUGCAGCUGACCAAAAGUAGCAGGACAGGUGGCGGGAGCCAGAGGAGCCUGGGAACUGGUUUGCAUUGAUGGGAGGGGAGUAUAAUGGUUAGGCCUGGUGGGCCCCUCGGGUUAAGAGAAGGGAAGGGAAGGGAGGUGGUCUGCACCCCACAGGAUGAACCAAGGUUCUUGGGAAUUGGGUCCCUCUAUCAUAGAGCACUAGAGACCCCCCUGGAAGAUUCCGGGAACACCAGGCUCUGAAUGUACCCAACUCCUACCCACCCACAGCUGAGGGAAAGUCAGAUGACCCCAGGCAUGGGUCAUCUUUCAUGGAGCUCAUAUUGAUUCCAGGUCCCUGAGAGUACCCCAGCUCUAGUCAGGGAUCCCCAAGAAGCAACACUGUUCUGUGGGAACAAGGAGAGAGGAUCCUGCCUGGGCUUUGCAGGAGGGUUCUUUUCCACAAGUAGCUAGAGUUUCCUACGGGGACAAAGGUGGGCUGAGCCCACUGUGGUCCAGUCUGCAGCCACUGAAGCUGUCACACUCCACACCUUUCUGCAAUAGAGGAGUCUCCUGCCUGAGNGUGCAAGGCCGGAUCCCUGGCAACUCCCUGAGAGGUCGCCUCAGCAAUGGACGAGCCACCCACAUCUCCGAGCUUCCAUUCCCUCCCUGGAAGCAAAGGACUGAACUGGGGUUCCCCCCAAGCCUGGGGCUCCUCUCUACCUGCUUCACUCAGAUGUNCACAUUCCAGGCAUCUCGAAGGUGGAUUCUGGGCUGGAAAGUGCAUCAGGCCCUUCUGGAAAUGGCCAGCACUUAGCCUACAAAAGGACCUUACCCUUCUGUAUGGACUCCCCUACAUCCUAAAAAACCUUGACUUGUGCCAAACCCUUCCUGGCUGUGGAGGAGGCAGUAUGGAUGCCUGAGCUGAGCUCAGGGGUCACACGGCAUGCCCUUCCUCACUGCUGCAGACUUGGGGCCUCUUGCUGCUGGCUCCAUCUCNUCACGUGUAGGCCACAGAGGAAGAGAUAGCUCUACCUAAGGAGGCAGGGUCUGGGNGAGCUGAACAGGGUGACUCCUGGUCCAAAGGACCCACAAAGAGGAGAUACACUGAUCUCUACACAGNCCUCAUCUGNCCACACUAGGAUGGGAGCCCUGGCUCAUGACCCUGGAACCUGACUCAGGACGGGUCAGGCUGAAGAUCAACAUGUAUGGUUGCAGAAAAANGCUGGCGCGAGGCAGCAAGGACAAGGUCACAGGUUCCCUGCCAGCAUCUUAAGGCANGUGUAGCUGCAGCAAGAUGGGCUGAGCAUGGGUAUUGGUCUCCGGGCCUUGGCUGGAGACUAGAUCUGUUUGCUUGGAGCCUCUUUUGAAAAGUUCAUUCUCAGCUUUUUUUU